CACACACACACACACCUCGGACUCCGCUUCCACCUGGACCUGUCUCUGUCUCUCUCUGUCUCUGUCUCUAGAAAAACAUGGCUGAUCAGCUCACAGAGGAACAGAUCGCAGAGUUUAAGGAGGCGUUCUCACUCUUCGAUAAGGACGGCGACGGCACCAUCACCACUAAAGAGCUCGGCACGGUGAUGCGCUCUCUGGGACAGAACCCCACCGAGGCUGAGCUGCAGGACAUGAUCAACGAAGUGGACGCCGACGGUAAUGGAACAAUUGACUUCCCCGAGUUCUUGACCAUGAUGGCCAGAAAGAUGAAGGACACGGAUAGCGAGGAGGAGAUCCGCGAGGCCUUCCGGGUUUUCGAUAAGGAUGGAAACGGCUACAUCAGUGCUGCUGAACUGCGCCACGUCAUGACGAACCUCGGCGAGAAGCUGACGGACGAGGAGGUGGACGAGAUGAUCAGAGAAGCCGAUGUCGACGGAGACGGUCAGGUGAACUACGAAGAAUUUGUACAGAUGAUGACAGCUAAGUGAAGCUUCCCACCAUCUUAGAAGACAGCAAAUAAAGAUUUCUUUACCUCUUAUUUAAAACCAAAUACUCUAAUGGAGAAUAGUUUCUGUACAGAGAAUGUUCGAAUGUUUAAAUGAAAAUCUCUUCCUUCUGUCCACUCGGAUCUGAAACCCAAACCUCCGCAUGACCCCGUUAGAGCUCCAUGGCUGCAGAUCCACACACUCCGUUAUCACAGAACCGAACACUCGUCCUACAGCUCGCUACCUCACACGCAGCGCGGGGAGACGCUCGGCUGACGCGUGUCCUCCACGUCUCCCUCCGUCAACUCUUCUACCUGCAUGCGGAGCGAGAAUCAACCUCACGUACCGAACCUUUAGUGUCCCGAGACAAACAGCUGCUGAUCAUUAGGCGUGUGCUGAUCACAGUGUAUCUCACAGAAACACAACCGUACAGCACUGAUCAGAUGUAAUCACAACAAACAAUUAUGUGAGAAAAAUCCUUAAUAAGAUAUAUUUUGAAAGUAUUGUAUGUUAAAUAUCACAGAUUUUAAAAUAAU